CGCCUAACGAGCUCAGCUGGCUGCUGCCGCCACUGGAGCUCAUUUGAAUGCGCGGACGAGGCGGCGUGUUCCCCCCCCCACUCCCCCUUGGAUGGACGGAAGACUCCCACCAGCGCGGGAAGGACCGGGAACAACCCUCGCAGUCACUCCACAACCAAGCGGAUAAACAGCUGCUACUUCUUACCGAACCUCCUUCCCCUCCAUCUUUCCCCGACACUUCGGCGGGGUGUCCGCCGACGGCCAUGUGUCGCUACGUGCCAUGAGACGCUGCUUUGCGGCGUGUUGAACACCGGUGGUGGGGGGUGAGGACUGUGGGACGGACAGACAGGUGGCGUGGGAGCCGGGACUAAAGGACGUAAAGGCGGAGGAGGAGGAGGGUCCGGACUCGGACACACAAGCCCCAGUUGUCUCGGAGGGUCCGGACUCGGACACACAAGCCCCAGUUGUCUCGGAGGGGGGGGGGGGAUGAGUGGACAGGUGCGACUUGGAGUUGGGAUCCGAACUUCCUUGACUAUUUCACGGAUUUCCCCCGCACAUCAUGACGGAAACUCUCACCAGCUUCUUUUUGGCUCAACAUUCAUAAAGAUGACAUCAGGAGAGGCUGCUACUUCACCACUUUAAGUCUCAGUGCAAUUUACAGUGGGGAUGGAAACACUCCAGCGGCAGACAGUUUAACACAGGUUGCUGCUGCACUGUGUGCUAUUAUGGAACCAGGUUUCGAUGCUCAUCCCUCAUCGUCAGGCAGUUAGACCACCUGUCGCUUUCCUCUCAAAGUGUCCCUUCAACUCUUCACUCGGACUCUGCUAUUUUGUUGCCAUGGCAACAGCGGCCCCGCCCUUCCUCUUCCUCCUGCUGUGCUGGCUCCUCCAAGCGGCCUGCUCGGCGUUCCCAGAGGAACCCGGCCCGCUCAACUUCAUCCCCGCUGAAGUGUCAAGGCGCUAUCCGGUGUUUCUUGGCCGACCUCACCGCACGUGGCUGAGACAAGAGCCUCUCCACAUCCAGAGGCUCCUCCAAGUCAACCGAACGCUGUACAUUGGAGCCAGGGAUGACCUUUUCCGCGUGGAGCUGGACAUCGUGGCCGGAGAUGAGAUGUUCUACAGCAAGAAGAGAACAUGGGAGUCAAACAAGAACGACAUAAGGAUCUGCAGGAUGAAGGGCAAACAUGAGGACGAAUGCCGGAAUUUCAUGAAGGUGCUUCUCAGCAGGCACGGGGGCUUGUUUGUGUGCGGCACCAACGCCUUCAACCCGCUCUGCGCCAACUACACCGGCGACACUUUAGAGAUGGCCGGAGACCAAGUCAGUGGAAUGGCGAGAUGCCCUUAUGACCCCAAACAUGCCAACGUAGCUCUUUUUGCAGAGGGCAAUCUGUUCACAGCCACAGUGACAGACUUUCUCGCCAUCGACGCAGUCAUCUACCGCAGCCUCGGGGACAGUCCAGCUCUUCGCACCAUCAAGCAUGACUCCAAGUGGUUCCGAGAGCCUUAUUUUGUCAGCGCUGUGGAGUGGGGGCCUCACAUCUACUUCUUCUUCAGAGAGAUAGCCAUGGAGUUCAACUACCUGGAGAAGGUGGUGGUGUCUCGCGUGGCUCGGGUGUGCAAACGGGACCAGGGCGGGUCUCAGCGCGUCCUGGAGAAGCAGUGGACGUCGUUCCUGAAGGCGCGGCUGAACUGCUCUAUUCCGGGAGAUUCGCACUUCUACUUUAACCUGCUGCACUCCACCAGUCCUGUCAUCAACAUGCACGGCCGGGACAUCAUCCUGGGGGUGUUCUCCACGCCGGCUAACAGCAUCCCGGGCUCAGCGGUGUGCGCCUUCGACAUGGAGCAGUUGGCGUCCGUGUUCGACGGCAGGUUCAAAGAGCAGAAAUCACCGGAGUCCAUUUGGACGCCCGUUCCCGAUGAGGUCAUUCCCAAGCCCAGGCCCGGAGGCUGCGCCGUGCAGGGUUCCAAGUUCAAUUCCUCCAACUCUUUCCCCGAUGAGAUGCUGAACUUUGUCAAGACUCAUCCCCUGAUGGACGAGGCCGUGCCUUCGCUCGGGCAGAGACCGUGGAUAGUCAAGACCAUGAUCAAGUACCAGCUGAAUAAGAUCGUGGUGGAUUCGGAGGCCGGGCCGCAUAGGAACCGCACCGUCCUCUUCCUGGGCUCCAGCAGGGGGACUAUCCUCAAGUUCCUCAUCAUGCCCAAUGAGGACAACACGGUCAGCAGCAGCAACAUCUUCUUGGAGGAACUGGAGGGCUUCAACCCGGACAAGUGUGCCGGAGACUCUCUGCAGGCCAGGCGACUUUUGUCCCUGACUCUGGACCGGGCCAGUCACACCCUCAUCCUGGCCUUUCCUUCCUGCGUGGUCCAAAUACCGGUGGCCCGAUGUCAGCUCUACUCACGCUGCAUGAAGAACUGCAUCGCCUCCAGGGACCCGUACUGUGGCUGGACCCGAGGAAGCACCUGCUCCUUCCUGCGACCAGGGACCAGGCUGCCGUUUGAGCAAGAUGUGGAGCAGGGAAACGUGGCUCACUUGGGCGACUGCGAUGGGUUACUUCAAGAGACCUUCAUCAAGGAGCCAGACGGUCUGGUGUCGGUCAACCUCCUGGUGGUCUCCGCCGUGUCGGCCUUCGCCACGGGCGCCCUUUUCUCCGGCCUCACCGUCUGCUGGAUCAUGAGUCACCGGCACCGCCACGCCCGAGGAGCCGGCGCCAAGGGGGCGCGGCGCAAAAACGAGAAGGAGCAGCAGGGCAUGCUGGGCCAAGGCCGCAGCGGCUCGGUCAUGAGCGUGACGAGGACCAGCGGCGGCGAGCGGCGCGACUCGCAGGCGGACAACCCCUUCGUCUCGACCAACGGGUGGCCCAAAGGCGACGUGGACCCCGGCUUGCUGCCCACCCCGGAGCAGACCCCGCUGCAGCAGAAGCGGCUCCUGCGUCUGCCCGACGGCGACUGGGACCCGAGUCAGACCUUCCUCACGUCCCCUAACAACUCCGUCAUCUACCUGAGCUCCAAGUUCCUGCAGGGCGGCGGCGGCGGCGGCGGCGGCAUGGUGCGCAUCGACGAGCCGGGCGAGGUCCUGCUGCCCCCGCACGCCGAUCGCCAGCGCUACCUGAUCCUCGCCACCCAGCGGGGGGAGCACGCCGGCAGCCGUCCCGCGGGCGCCCUGAGAAACUCAGCCGGGGACUACAUCUACCCCGCCACGCCGCAGGACUCCCCCGACCGGCGGCGGGUGGUGUCCGCCCCCACGCCCCACAUGGACUACGGGGCGCCUCGCUGGAGCCACGAGGCGCUCAACAACUACAACGCCGGGUCGUACCACCCCCAGCGCCAGGGCCUCAUCAGGCCCGACAUGCACGCGCCGAGGGGGCUCGGGCAGCUGGCCGACUUCAGCCGCCUUCUGGUGAAAAACAUGGGGGAGAGGACCCCUAGUGGCCAGUGAGGUGAAGUGCGGUCCAAUAGUGGACUGGAGUAAACGGAUCCAUUUAAAGUCCUGCUCCCCCCCCCCCCACCCCCACCCGAAUGUCCUCUCUCACCGCCAUUCAAAGUCCUGACGCCACUCAGAGACCCAGGGAGAGACCAGGAGCAAAGUUCAGCCAUAAAAGUGUGACCACCCUUGCCCCGCCCCCAGCCCCGCCCCCUCGGUGCUACGACCCGAAAGACUGCAAGACAAUCGGACUCGUCUUCAAGCGAACUGUUUACUUGACUUGAACUAGCGUAGCUGUGCCAGAGAGCAGUGCAUCAUGGGUAGGCGUGGCCUCACAAGCGGACCCCAAAUCCUGAAGGAAGCUGCGACGAGCGUCGAGUCUCCGCCCCCAACAAUAAGCGACCUCUCGCCGCCCCAUUCGAUAUUCGGAAUCGACAUGUUUCUCUGAAUGUUCUGAACUCCUGUGUCCGUGGCGGCGUCGUUGCCCACGGCGCCGAUCUUGUCCCGACCGACUCGACGGCGCCUCCGCCGGCCGCGGCCGAGCGCUGCACUUUGUGGUCCCGCAUGUUUCAUCCAAAGUGAGGUCUCAAAGGAAAGAGAGCAAUAAUGAACACGAUUAAAGACACCUUUUGUUUGCCAUUUGAAGGAACAAAGCCCCGCCCCCCCCCCCUCCUCCAUCUUGUCCUCUGACCUUAAAAGUCCACCCCGUAGGACGUGAGCCACUUGUGGCCCACACUGAGCCUCUUUGUGCGGCUAACAAAUGAGUCAGGGAGCGAAUGUCAAUGAGCUCCAUCCAUCAUGGCGGAUAAGACCUCCUGUGCUUGGUCCACGGGAGGAGGUCGCCGCCGAUUUAGCACCCACAGCGUCCUCAAUACAGGCGUCCUCUGCUGCUGCCUGAUGUUUUGUUUACAUCCGCACAUUGCUUCAUGAUGUCAUGUGACCUUCUUUCUGUGCCGCGCCUUCUUCCCCCCCCCCCACCCCCGUUUAUUGUUGUGCAACACCAACGCUCCUGCAGUCAGUUCUAUUGCUCAUCGCUAUGCAGGAGCAACUUCCUGUCUCCUCGCUAUAAGUUUAAAAUCUGACUGUGUAAAGAAAUAAACGUUUGUUGUGUGAAAGAAGUGUCGUAAAAGUAUUCAAACUAAAGAAAAUCAAAUCAAAUCCAACUGACUUUAGAAAGCUUCUUGUAAAACAAGCAUGGGAGAUGGUGCCCCUAGUGGCCACGUAGGUGAAUUACAGGGAUCCUAGUAAUUUUUUAAUUCAGGUUUUUAUUUUAUUUUUAAAAACCCAUCUAGUAUUAAGUAUCUUAAAUAAAACUAUUUAUUACAUUAAUUAUAUUGCCUAUUUAAACAUGCAAAUAUGGAUUGUAGUUUAAUUCAACACAUACAAGACAGAUGUAUAAAAGAACAGCCACAGCCAACAAUAACAUUGAAAACAAUUAUUUAAAAAUAAUAAGACAAUCAUAGAUAUUUUGUUCAAUUAAAAAAAAAAAAAAAUCAUUAUUUUUUAAUUGUAUGAUUUAAUCACACAUUCGAAAGGGAGAAGCGGUAGAAAUUGGAUGGAUGGAUGGAUGCAAGGACCAACUUUUACCAUUAUUAACAUUAAAAAAAAGUACAAUAAUGUAAAAACGAAGCAAAAUAUCCAAACAUUUUUUGUUAUGAAAC